UGUCGGGGGCUAUUCUCUCUCCCAGGAACAUGGCGGCGAGUCAGGGAGGAGGUGGUAACAGUGGGGGCGGCGGUUGUGGUGGAGGUGGAAGUAGCGGUGGCUGUGGCACGGCUGGAGGGGGAGGUGGCGGGGCUGGAGGGGGAGGCGGCGGCGGCGGCGGGACCCUGGUGGUCCCCAUCCCGGUACCGACUCUUUUCGGUCAGCCGUUCCCCAACGGGCCGCCGUGGAACCCGGGGAGCCUGCAGCCUCAGCACACCGUGAGGAGCCUGGACCGGGCCCUGGAAGAGGCGGGCAGCUCCGGCAUCCUGAGCCUCAGUGGUCGGAAACUCCGAGACUUCCCGGGCAGCGGCUACGACCUGACGGACACCACCCAAGCAGAUCUUUCCAGAAAUCGUUUUACAGAAAUUCCUUCUGAUGUCUGGUUAUUUGCACCCCUUGAAACAUUAAAUUUAUAUCAUAAUUGCAUCAAAACCAUUCCUGAAGCCAUUAAAAAUCUGCAGAUGUUAACAUACCUUAACAUUAGCCGAAAUCUUUUAUCAACAUUGCCAAAAUAUCUAUUUGAUCUUCCCCUUAAAGUUUUGGUCGUCAGUAAUAAUAAACUGGUAUCCAUUCCAGAAGAAAUUGGGAAGUUAAAAGAUUUAAUGGAAUUGGAUAUUAGCUGCAAUGAGAUUCAAGUCCUUCCCCAACAAAUGGGAAAAUUACAUUCACUUAGAGAGCUGAAUAUAAGAAGAAAUAAUCUUCAUGUUUUGCCAGAUGAAUUAGGAGACCUUCCCUUAGUCAAGCUGGAUUUCUCUUGUAAUAAAGUGACCGAAAUUCCAGUUUGUUACAGAAAGCUGCAUCAUUUACAAGUAAUAAUUUUGGAUAACAAUCCAUUGCAAGUACCACCAGCACAGAUAUGUUUAAAGGGUAAGGUGCACAUAUUUAAGUACUUAAAUAUUCAAGCAUGUUGCAGAAUGGAUAAGAAACCAGAUUCCCUGGAUCUUCCAUCAUUGAGUAAACGAAUGCCCUCCCAGCCUCUCACAGACAGUAUGGAAGAUUUUUAUCCAAAUAAAAAUCAUGGCCCUGACUCUGGAAUUGGAAGUGAUAAUGGAGAGAAACGAUUAUCCACAACAGAACCAUCAGAUGAUGACACAGUCAGCCUUCAUUCUCAAGUCUCAGAAUCAAAUAGAGAGCAGAUAUCAAGAAAUGACAGUCACAUAAUAGGAAGUAAGACUGAUUCUCAGAAAGACCAGGAGGUAUAUGAUUUUGUUGACCCCAACACAGAAGAUGUAGCAGUUCCUGAACAGGGAAAUGCACAUAUUGGAUCAUUUGUAUCAUUCUUUAAGGGAAAAGAAAAAUGUUCUGAAAAAUCUCGGAAAAAUGAAGAAUUAGAAGAUGAAAAAAGACUUGAGAAAGAACAGUUACUGGCAGAGGAAGAGGAUGAUGAUUUGAAGGAAGUAACUGAUUUGAGGAAAAUAGCUGCUCAGUUAUUGCAGCAAGAACAGAAGAACAGGAUUCUUAAUCAUUCAACUUCUGUGAUGAGAAACAAGCCAAAACAAAGUGUGGAAUGUGAAAAGAGGAUCUUGCUCUGUCACCGAGGCUGGAGUGCAGUGGCGCCAUCACAGCUCACUGCAGCUUUGACCUCCUGCACGCCAGUGAUCCUCCCACCUCUCAGCCUCCCAAGUAACUGGGACCACAGUGUCUCAGCAGAUGAAGUUAAUUCACCAUUAUCACCCCUCACCUGGCAGCCCUUAGAAAAUCAGAAAGAUCAAAUAGAUGAACAACCGUGGCCAGAAUCUCACCCUAUAAUCUGGCAGAGUGAAGAAAGGAGGCGGAGCAAACAGAUUAGAAAAGAAUAUUUCAAGGAUCCUUCAGAAAUGAAGACCCAAAGACCCAGGGAAAACCGUAUGUUCAUGCUAAGUCUGAUGAAAGAAAUGAAUAGUUGUGGAGACACGUGAUUGAACAGAAAAGGGUAUGAUCUAAUGGUAACAAACUGGGCCUGUUUGUUGAGAAUCUUUUCUGUUUCUCUCUAUGACAUUCCUUCUCCUUCGAUAUGCUGCAGGAAACCUGUCACAUGCAUCUUAAAGGGAGAAGGGAGGAGGUCAGAGAGUGACCUUUCUAGAUUGUAUGGCUUGCUUUGUGAGACGGGGAAUUCUAGUUUCUAUUACCUGCCUUAGGGAGAGGAAGGGGGGCUGAAGAAAGGGGGGCCUGGAGAAGGUCAGAGAGUGACCUUGAAGGUGCCAUAUCUUGGGGUAGUAUUUUCUGAGCCCUGACACUACCAUUAUCCCUGACUGCCCUUUUAGCUGUUGCCUUAUCUCUUUGCUCUCUUUUAGGGCUAAACUUUCUCUUUUUCUUCUUUUGAGACGGAGCCUCGCUGUGUCACCCAGGCUGGAGUGCAAUGGCGCGAUCUCAGCUCACUGCAACCUCUGCCUGCCGGGUUCAAGUGAUUCUCCUGCCUCAGCCUCCCGAGUAGCUGGGAUUAUAGGCACCCUCCCCCACACCCGGCUGAUUUUUGUAUUUUUAGUAGAGACGGGGUUUCACUUUGUUGGCUAGGCUGGUCUUGAACUGACCAUGGCCAGGGCCAAACUUUCUAUUUCUAGUUCUCCAGUUUCUGAUCAUUCCUUAACCCACUGCAAUCUGGCGUUCGCUUCCAUUUCUCCAUUGAAAUAGCCCCUCGCUAGGUUUUAACAUGCACCUACUAAUGGCAAAAUCCAGUGUAGCGUUUGACAAUGAUGACCACAUCUUCCUUCUUGAUACUCCUGUCUUGGUUUCUAUCUCAUUUUUCUUCCCUGUUAUCAUUUUGAUGUCCUUCUCUAACUUUUCUUCUGCUUGCUCUUAGGGUCUGAUCCUCAUUUUAUUACUCUAAAAAGCUCUCUCUGGAUUGUUAAUGACUCUAGAUGUUUCUUAUAUUCUGCUGUGUCUAAAUUUACAUCCUAUAACUUUUUUUCUGUUCCCUAAAUCUGUGUUUCUAAUUGUUUGGAUGCCCUCAUUCCCAUCACCUAAUUGGUUAUCAGCCCUAAUAUAUGCAUCGUUUCUGCAAUUCAUGUCUAUCUCUAUUGCCCUUGCCCUUUUUGGAACCCUCAUACUUUCUUGCCCAGGCAAUUGUGAUAACUGAUUAAUGGUCCUCCUUUCUCAGCUGUUGGAUAAUUCUCUGGCUUUAAAUUUCUUUAUUCUAGUGUUCAGUAGCACCAUAAGUUGACUAUAGUUAAUAAUAAUUUAUUAUAUAUUCUAAAAUAGCUAGAAGAAAAGAUUGAUAAUGUUCCCAGCACAAAGAAAUGAUAAAUAUCUUUGAGGUGAUUACCCUGAUUUGAUGAUUACACAUUGUAUGCAUGUAUCACAAUAUCACAAGUACCUGAUAAAUAUGUACAAUUAUGUAUCAAUAAAAAAUAAUUAUCAGACAAUGUGAGAAAAUGCCCUUAAAUAAAACUGUAAAUCUGUAAAUUUUCUCUUAAAUCUGUAAAACUGUAAAUCAUCCAAAAAACUUCUUACUGGCUUCCCAUUACCAAUAAGAUAAAGUUUGGAUUUGUUAAAAUCUUCAUGGACCGUUCCUUCUUUCCUUUUCUAUAUUUCAUUACCUGCCAAAAUUCACUUUCUUCACUAGCCUCAUUAAACUGCUCUUUGUUUUCUACACAGGCUGUGCUUUCUUAGUUCUUUUUGCUUUUCUUCUUCUGAGAAUGCCCAUUAGCCCUUUUAUCUCUGGCAAAUUCCUAUUAAUUAGUGUUUAGAAAUGGGAGUAUAGUUGUCCCUCUGUAUCUGCAGGUUCCACAUGCAUUCAGCCAACCUUGAUUGAAAAUAUGUGGGGAAAAAGGGCAAAAAAAAGGUAAAAAUAAUACAAAUAAAAAAUAUAGUGUAACAACUGUUUAGAUAUCAUUUACAUUGUAUUCAGUAUUAUAAAUAAUCUGGAGAUGAUUUAAACUAUACAGGAAGAUGUGAGUAGGUUAUAUGCAAAUACUGUGCCAUUUUAUAUAAGGGAAGGGACUUGAAUAUCUGUGAAUUUUGGCAUGGGUGAGGCGGGGGUAGGGGUCUUGGAACCAAUCCCUUGCAGAUAUCAAGAGAUGAUUUUAUGGCACAGUGCCUGGGCUUAUAGAAUCAAACCACUUGGGUUCCAGUCCUUACUUGGAUACCUAUUAACUAUGUGACUUUGUCAAGUCAUGUAACCUUAAUUAAGUUUGUUUUUUAAAACUUUAUAAAUGAGUGUAACAGUACAGGCAUACUUAAGAGAUAUUGUGGGUUUGAUUCCAGACAAUGCCAUUAAAGCAAAUAUCUAUUCAAUAAAGCAAGUCACAUGAAUAUAUAUCAAUAAAGCAAGUCACAUGAAUAUUUUUUGGUUUCCCAGUGCAUAAAAGUUAUGUUUACAUUGUUCUAUAAUCUAAGUGUGUAAUAGUAUUAUGUAUGAAAAAAUGAUAUACCUUAAUUAAAAAUACUUUAUUGCUAAAAAUUACUCACAAUUAUCUGAGCCUUCAGUGAGUCAUAAUCUUUUUACUGGUGGGAGGUCUUGUGUAGAUGUUGAUGGUGGUUGCUGAAAAUUGGGUGAAUAUGGCAAUUUCUAGUUUGCCACAUCAAUGGACUUUCCUUUCACAACAGAUUUCUCUGUAGCAUGCGAUGCUGUUAGAUAGCAUUUUACGUACGGUAGAACUUCUUUCAGAAUUGGAGUCAAUCCUCUAAAACCCUGCCACUGCUUUAUCAAAUAAAGGUAUGUCACAUUGUAAAUCAUUUGUUGUCAUUUCAACAGUGUUCACAGCUUCUUCACCAGGAGUAAAUUCUACCUUAAAAAUCCCCACCUUUUUUGCACAUCCGUUAAAAGCAACUCCUUAUUUGUUAAAGUUUUAUCAUGAGAUUACAGUAAUUGAGUCACAACUUUAAGCUCUACUUCUAGGCCAGGCGUGGCAGCUCAUGCCUGUAAUCCUAGCACUUUGGGAGGCUGAGGUAGGUGGAUCCCUUGAGCUCAGGAGUUUGAGACCAGCUUGGGCCAAUGGCAAAACCCCGUCUCUACAAAAAAUACAAAAAAAUUAGCUGGUCAUGGUGGCACAUGCCUGUAGUCCCCUCUACUUGGUCGGGGGUGGCUGAGGCCGGAGGAUUCUUAGAGCCCAGGAGGUCAAGGCUGCAGUGAGCCAAGAUCACGACACUGCACUCCAGCCAGGUGACAAAGUGAGACCCUGUCUCAAAAAAAAAAAAAAAGGAAAAAAAACCUCUACUUUUAGUUCUCCUGCUGUUUCCACCACAUCUACAGUUAUUUCCUCCACUGAUGUCUUGAGCCCUUCAAAAUCAUCCAUGACGAUCAGAAUGAAUUUCUUCCAAACUCUCGUUAAUGUUGACAUUUUGACCUCCUCUCAUGAAUUAUAAAUGUUCUUAAUGGCAUCUAGAAUGAUGACUCAUUUGCGGAGGUUUUCAAUUUGCUUUGCUCAGGCCUAUCAGAAGAAUCACUAUCUAUGGCCCCAAUAGCUUUGUGAUAUGUUAUUACUUAAAUAGUAAGACUUGAAAGUUGGUAUUACUCCUUGAUCCAUGCACUGCAGAAUGGAUGUUGUGCAUGAAAACAUUGAUCUCUUUGAACAUCUUCAUCAGAACUCUUGGUUGACUAGACUCAUUGUAAAUGAGCAGUAAUAUUAUGAAAGGAAUCUUUUUUUCUGAGCUCGAUAGUGGGCUUAACAUAUUCAGUAAAGCAUGCUGUAAACAGAUGUGCUGUCAUCCAGGCUUUGCAGGUCUAUUUAUAAAGCACAGGCAGAAUAGAUUUAGUGUAAUUCUUAAGGGACCUAGGAGUUUUGGAAUGGUUAAAUAAACAUUGGCUUCAAUUUAGAGUCAGCAGCUGCAUUAGCCCCUAACAAGAGUCAGCCUGUUCUUUGAAGCUUUGAAGCAGGCAUUGACUUCUCUCUAUCUACAGCAGUCCAAUAGAAGGCUAUUUUGUCUACAUAGAAAAUUUGUUGUUUAGCGUAGUCACCUUCAUCAAUUGUCUUAGCUAGCUAGAUCUUCUCUAUAACUUGCUUCAGCUUCUACAUCAGCACUUGCUACUUCGCCUUGCAGUUUUGUUACGCAGUCAGCUUCUUUCCUUCAAUCUUAUGAACCAACCAACCUCUACAGCUUCCAGCUUUUCUUCUGCAGCUUCCUCACCUUGACUUCAUAGGAUUGAAGAGAGGGCCUUGCUCUGGACUAGGCUUUGUCUUAAGGGAAUGUUGUGGUUGGUUUGCUAUUCUAUCAAGACCACUCAAACUUUGUCCAUAUCAGCAAUAAGGCUGUUUCACUUUCUUAUUUUUGUUAUGUUCACUGGAAUGAGUAGCACUUUUAAUUUUCUUCAACACUUAUUUGCAUUCACAGCUUGGUUAAUUGGAGCAAGAGGCCUAGCUUCACCCUAUCUCUGCUUUCUACAUGUCUUCCUCACUAAGCUUAAUCAUUUCAAGCUUUUUAUUUAAAGGGAAAGACAUACUAUUUCUUUUCACUUGAACACUUAAAGAGGCCAUUGUGGGAUUAUCAGUUGGCCUAAUUACAAUAUUAUUGUGUGUCAGGGAAUAGGAGAUAGGGAACAACUGGUUAGUGGAGCAGUCAGAACACAUGCAACAUUGAUCGAUUAAGUUGGCUUUCUUAUAUGGGCGUUGUUUGAGUCACCCCUCAAAAAUUGCAAUAGUAACAUCAAAGAUCAGUAUCACAGAUCACCAUAACAGACAUGAUAAUAAUGAAAAAGUUUGAAAUAUUGUGAGAAUUCUCAAAAUUUGAUGGACAUGAAGUGAGUACGUGCUAUUGGAAAAAUGGCACCAAUAGACUUGCUUGAUACAGGGUUGCCACAAACUUUUUCUGCACAUUUUGAAACUUUGUAUUUGCACAUUUAAAAAAUUGCGUAUCCCGAUAAAUAAAAUCACUGGAACAAAAAAGCUGAUACUCUGAUUAAACUGAAUUUUAUAGCUUGCA